AUGGAUACUGAAAAGAAUCCAGAGUAUCUGGCGACAAAUGUGCCUUCAUCAGAGGACAGUGUUCGCAGAGUGGGAAGCAUCGCCGACGCCGAAGUCUUCGCCACCGGCGAAGAUGGCAUCGAAUUUCGAACCGUGGGCUGGGUCCGCGCAGCCAUGUUCUUCACCAAGAUGACCUUUGCCACCGGUGUCCUGGCCAUCCCUGCGGCUUUGUACAGUCUAGGAGCUGUCGCCGGUGCCAUCUUCAUUGUUUUCUGGGGAGGCCUCAACACCUACUGCGCAGUGAUCCAAGGCCAAUUCAAACUCAAGUAUCCUUCCGUCCACACCGUGGCAGACAGUUCUCACAUCGCCGCUCUCGAGCUCGGGUGGUCCAAGAAGGUUGCGUUACUCGUCAAGGAGAUCAGCGAGAUUGCGUAUCUGGUCACCUGGGUUCUUGUCUGUGGUGUGGCCAUUCUCGGUCUCUCUAUCGCCCUCAACGCAGUGUCGAAGCACGCGACCUGUACUGUGACCUUUGGAUUUAUCGCCUAUAUCUGCGUCUCUACGAUAGCUACGAUCCCAAAGAUUCACCAGCUCGGCUGGAUCACCUGGGUUGGCUUUAUCUCGAUCGUCGCGGCCGUCCUGAUCGUGGUUAUUGCUGUUACACAGCUCGACCGUCCGGCCGCCGCACCUCCGACUGGGGACUUUGACCUCGGAUUCUCGGCCGUGCCACCUGCUGGAACGACCUUUGCAACAGCAUGGUCGAUGUCGCUGGCCAUAUUCUCCUCGUCGGCCAAUACCUCUGGCUUCGUGCCGGUGAUCUCUGAGAUGCGCCGACCGCAAGACUACUUUAAGUCAGUGUACGCCUGUAUGGCGUGGAUUACUUCGUCAUACCUCGCCUUCUCGAUCACUAUGUACGCAUAUUGCGGAAAAUGGGUGUCCUCACCGGCUCUCGGCUCUGCUGGCUCGACUAUCAAGAUCAUCUCGUACGCCAUUGCCAUCCCAGGGCUAGUUGCUGGGUGCGUUAUUGCCAUUCACGUGGCCGCGAAAAGCAUCUUUGUCCGGAUUCUGCGCAACACCCCCCAUCUGACGCACCGCACUAGAACCCAUUGGGCGGUCUGGCUGUCGUGCACCUACGGUUCAGGCGCCAUAGGCUGGAUUAUAUGCGAGGCAAUCCCAUUCUACGGGAGCCUCAUCUCUCUCGUCGGUGGUGUGGGCUUUGGUUAUUUGGGUGUCUGCGUCCCCGCUGUGCUGUGGAUGGUCCUGAACCGAGAGCAGCGCAGAGGCACGACCCUACAGAAAUGUCUCUGGUACAGUCACAUCGCGAUGUUGAUUCUCGGCUUCUUUAUCGUCAUUGGGGGUGCCUACGCCAACAUUGUGAGCAUCAUCAAUCAGUACAGCGCAGGUCAGGUUGGAUCGGCGUUCAGUUGCCUGGACAAUAGCAACACGAUUGCCGGUGACAGCUAA